CGCUGUUCUAAUUUCGUUCCUUUGCUUUUCAAACGUCAAAAUCGUUAGACGUGAUUUGCAGUUUUAAGUCCGGUGAACGCAAUAAAUUAGCUUCCAAUUGAAAUUUGAAAAGUCAAGCGCUAGAAAACUAACGCGAAAUGUCAUCCCAACCAGCUGGACGUCCACCGCUGAAUGAUGAGCGCGUGAACGCGUUAUCCAGUUAUCGCACCAAACUCCUGGAGCAUCGCGAGAUCGAGUCACGCUUGAAAUCGCUGCGUGACAAGCACAAGGAGCUGCAUCUGGAAUUCCAGAAGUCCGAGGAUGAUCUGAAGGCACUUCAGAGCGUGGGCCAAAUGCUGGGCGAGGUGCUCAAGCAGCUGACGCCGGACAACUUUAUAGUUAAGUCUGCCAAUGGGCCGCGCUAUGUGGUCGGCUGUCGCCGGCAGUUGAACAAGGCGAAGCUUAAGCCUGGCACACGAGUCGCCCUGGACAUGACCACAUUGACCAUAAUGCGCUAUCUGCCACGCGAGGUGGAUCCACAGGUGUACAAUAUGACGCACGAAGAUCCCGGCAAUGUGGACUAUUCGGCCAUUGGUGGUCUGGGUGAUCAGAUACGCGAGCUGCGCGAGGUCAUCGAGCUGCCCCUGAUGAAUCCCGAACUAUUUAUACGCGUUGGCAUCAAUCCGCCCAAGGGGUGUCUUUUGUAUGGCCCGCCCGGCACUGGGAAAACGCUGCUGGCACGCGCCAUUGCCUCCCAGCUGGAUGCCAACUUCCUAAAGGUCGUCUCCUCGGCCAUUGUGGACAAGUAUAUUGGUGAAAGUGCACGUCUCAUACGUGAGAUGUUCUCCUAUGCACGCGACCAUCAGCCGUGCAUCAUUUUCAUGGACGAGAUCGAUGCCAUUGGCGGGCGUCGCUUCUCGGAGGGCACCUCGGCGGAUCGUGAAAUACAGCGCACACUCAUGGAACUGCUGAACCAAAUGGAUGGCUUUGAUGCUCUCGGCCAGGUUAAGAUUAUAAUGGCCACCAAUCGUCCGGACACUCUGGACCCGGCACUGUUGCGCCCCGGUCGCUUGGAUCGCAAACUGGAAAUACCCUUGCCCAAUGAAAUAGCCCGUCUCGAUAUACUGAAGAUUCAUGCAGCCCCUCUAUCCAAGCAGGGCGAGAUUGACUACGAGGCGGUUGUAAAGCUAUCGGACAUGUUCAAUGGCGCCGACCUGCGCAACAUUUGCACCGAGGCGGGUCUGUUUGCACUGCGCGAGGAUCGCGAGUAUGUCAUUCACGAGGACUUCAUGAAGGCCGUGCGCAAGACUGCCGACAACAAGAAGCUGGAAACCAAAUUGGAGUACAAACCACUUUAAUGCAGCAGAUACAUCUUAUAGACUAACGACAAAUUUAGCGAAUUCUACU